CCGCACCCUUCCCACACCCUUCCCCACCCAUCCCUUCUUCAUAUCCUCACUGCCCACAACUCCCAAGUCCAAAGAUGUCAGCCUCAGCCUCCUCCACACCCCGCAAGCUACCGAUGUCUCCCACCGAUGACGACGAACACUCCUCGCCACCAGCCUCCUCCCAGUCCCUCGCCAGCGACGUCCCACCCCUCGGCGCAAUCCCCGACACCUCCGUCGACCCCAUCUACGCGGCCAAGGCACACGCUCUCAACGCCGCGAUCCAAGAGAUCGGCAUGGGACGGUACCAGUGGGGCCUGUUCUGCGUGGCGGGGUUUGGGUGGUUCGUUGAUAACCUGUGGCCGCAAGCUACCGCGCUUAUUCUGCCGGCGAUUAUUGCGGAGAUGAGGCCGCAUAGGAAGGAGAUGCUUGCGUUGGCGCAGAAUUUGGGCCUCAUGAUCGGUGCUUCGUUCUGGGGUGUCGGCGCGGACAUCAUCGGCCGGCGGUGGGCGUUCAACCUGACGCUGCUGAUUGCGGGGGUAUUCGGUGCGGUUGCGGGGGGUUCGUCGAGCUACACGGGGGUGGCGGUGUUUGCGGCGCUGUGGAGUGUGGGCGUCGGCGGGAAUCUGCCGGUCGAUUCUGCGGUGCUGCUCGAGUUCCUGCCGGGAAGUCAUCAGUGGGUGCUCACCGCUAUGAGCCUGUGGUGGGGGAUGGGGCAGAUCGUCGCGAGUGCCGUCGCGUGGCCGCUGCUCACCCGCUUCUCGUGUCCGUCGACCGGCCGCUGUGAUGCUUCGCAGAACAUGGGCUGGCGGUACCUCCUCUUCACCUUGGCUGGACUGACCCUCACCAUGGCCCUCCUCCGCGUCCUUUUCUUCCGUCUGUACGAGUCCCCGAAGUACCUCAUGGGCCGCGGUAACGACCCCGCCGCCGCCAGUGUCAUCGCCAAACUCUCGGACUACAACGGGCACCCGACAACCUUCACCGCGGAAGCCCUGACCCGCCUCGGAACGUACCACCCUUCCUCGUCCACCUCUCACAUCCGCGCCCUUUUCAGCACGCCCAUGCUCUCCGCCAGCACGUCGACGAUAAUCCUCCUCUGGUUUCUAAUCGGCACGGCCUUCCCUUUGUAUAACUGCUUCCUACCCUACUUCCUCUCGCGAGUCUCAGGCAGCACCUCACAAGUCUACCGGAACUACCUAAUAAUCGGUGUGUGCUCUUUACCGGGCUCGCUGCUCGGUGCAACAAUGAUCGAGCUGCCCUCUCUCGGCCGCAAGGGAGCAAUGUCUUUGUUCACGCUCGCUACAGGCGCAUUCCUGUUCGCCGCGACCACUGCUCGCACGGGGACACAGCUCCUCGCCUUCAACGCCGCGUACGCGGUCACGAGCUCCGCUAUGUACGCCGUCCUGUACGCCUACACACCAGAGGUCUUUCCGACUAAGGAUAGGGGCACGGGAAGCGGCCUCGCGGCGACGGCGAAUAGGAUCGGGGGCGUGCUCGCCCCGCUGCUGGCUAUGGCUGCAGACCUGGAUACACCUGUGCCCGUGUAUGUCUCCGGUUCGAUGUUUUUGUGUGCCGGCGUGGUUAUGUUGUGGUUGCCGUUUGAGAGUAGGGGGAAGACGAGUUUGUGA